AUGGCCGACAUCACUGAUCAGCACGACCAGGGCUCGCCCGGCGACCUCGACGAGGCGCACUCUGUCGGCAAUGGCAGCGUCGGCGAGAACCGUGGCGUCAAGCGUCAGCGCCCCAGCGCCGCCGACGACGACGACGACGAUGACGAGAAGGGAGGUCGUGAGCGUCGCAAGAUUGAGAUCAAGUUUAUCAACGAUAAAUCGAGACGCCACAUCACCUUUUCCAAGCGCAAGGCCGGCAUUAUGAAGAAGGCAAGAAGUCACCACCGGCGCGUCGACCAGUCGUCGCGCCACCAUCUCCUUUGUUGUCCCCCGCAAUCGCUAACACGAUUGAACUCGCAGGCAUACGAGCUAUCCGUCCUCACAGGCACUCAGGCGUGUCUGAACGCUCCGGAGCCCAGCCAGGGCGGCGAGAACGGUGUCGACGACGGCAACCAGGUUGAGUCCCCAGAGGAGCCUCCCCAGCAGCAUCUUCCCCCGCAGCCCGGUCGUCAGCAGGGUAUGCCCGGCGCUCCUCACAUGCCGCCCAAUUACAUGCCCGCCAAUAUGGGAAUGGACCCCUCGAACCUUGCUUAUGGCGGCUACGUCAACCAGCAACAGCGCGGUGGCUACCCCAUGGCGCAAGGCGGACUUCCUCAGCACUCGUCCCAUCAGUCAUGA